AUGGAACUUGCACUUGUGAAAAAUGAAUUAAGUCCAAGAAGUCAUAGAUUGCUCAUGUUGGAAGCUGAUUCUGUUGUAACUACUAAAUGUGUCAAAAGGCGGCGAAGAGAUUCGUCUAUUGCACAACAAGGUGAUGUAUCAGAAAUGCAGCAGCCACUGAGUGGACAAGCAACCACUGUGAAGAGAAGCUCAAAGUUUAGAGGUGUUAGCAGACAUAGGUGGACUGGAAGGUAUGAAGCUCAUUUAUGGGAUAAAGGAACAUGGAAUCCAACUCAAAAGAAAAAAGGAAAGCAAGUAUAUUUGGGAGCAUAUAAUGAUGAAGAAGCUGCUGCUAGAGCUUAUGAUUUGGCUGCACUCAAGUAUUGGGGAACAUCAACUUUUACAAAUUUUCCUGUAUCUGAUUAUGAGAAAGAAAUUGAGAUAAUGAUAACUAUGAGCAAAGAAGAGUAUCUUGCUUCUUUGAGAAGGAGGAGCAGUGGUUUUUCUAGAGGUGUUUCAAAAUAUAGAGGGGUAGCAAGGCACCAUCACAAUGGAAGAUGGGAGGCAAGGAUUGGGAGAGUGUUCGGCAACAAGUAUCUCUACCUCGGGACUUAUGGUACACAAGAAGAGGCGGCUCGCGCGUACGAUAUCGCAGCAAUUGAAUACCGAGGCAUAAAUGCAGUAACAAACUUUGAUUUAAGCACCUACAUUAGAUGGUUAAGGCCAGGACCAAAUUCAACUACUUCACAAGAACAAAAGCAAAACACGGAACUUCAAGUACCCUUUGCAGCCACUAAUUCAAUCCAAACAAGAACAAACAUUGAUGCAUCCAACUCCAACAUCAAUCCAGAAAAGCUUUUGCAAGUUGAAACUACAAAGAAGCGAGACUUUUCCAACCUUAUGAUGACACCUUUAAGUUCUUGCAAUAAACCAGCUUCACCAACAGCAUUAGGACUUCUACUAAAAUCUUCGGUAUUUAGAGAACUAAUGCAGAGAAACCUGAAUUGUUCUAGUGAAGACGAAGAAGAAGUUGAAUUGAAAUAUCCUCAAGAAAGUAUUAGAGGGGUUUUUGAUAUCGAAAACAACAGUAACACUUAUUUGUGCUCUUCUAAUGUCAACAAAUUACCUUCCUUGGUGUCAUCAGAAGAGGGGUCGUCGCCUAUGUAUCAUGGAACUAUGCAAUCCCUAUCAAGAUUCGAAUCCCGGUUGGGAAAAGUUUCCACAUUUAGUACGCAACAGUGCCUCGAAUAG